AUGGCGCUCGUCGCGUCGCAAUUCGCUGCCGUCGUCCACUCCUCCAGGAAUUCGUGCGCAACCCUUCCCGAGCAACAACCCUCGACGAGUCAUCAAAUCCCCGCGACCCCGUACACCGUUUGUGGUAGCGAAAACCCGGGAGAGAGCAGGGGGAUCGCGGUUCGAGAGGAGGAGCAGCUUCUCUCGAUAUCGUUUAACCAGGAUUCCUCCUUUUUCGCGUGUGCCACAUCAUGGGGCUUCCGGAUUUUCUGCUGCCAGCAGUCCGUUCACGAGACGCUGAGCCGCGUAAGCUCUCCCGCCAGCUCCGCUCCCCCUCCUCUUCCCGCUCCCGCUUCCCCUCCGCAUGCUUCCGCCGCUCCCGGUGCUUCCCCGUGGCCUGCCGCGUCUUCCGCGUUACCCGCUCCUCCUGCCUCUGCUGCCUCUGUGCAACACAUGCUGUACCGCUGCAACUUCCUCGCGCUCGUGGGCGGCGGCGAUCAACCGCGGUACCCGAAGAACAAGGUGAUCAUAUGGGACGAUAACCAGGGCCUGGCGGUGGGGGAGCUGUCGUUCCGCUCGGAGGUGCGCGGGGUGUGUCUGCGGCGCGAGCGCGUGGUGGUGGCGCUGGCGCAGCGCGUGUUCGUGUACGCGCUGCAGGACCUGCGCCUGCUGCUGCGCCUCCCCACGCUCACCAACACGCGCGGGCUCGUCGCGAUCUCGCAGGCGCCCGCGCCGUUUGUUCUCGCGUGCCCGGGGGUGCUCCGCGGACAGGGUGGCUGCUUGUGUGUCCGAGGACUGUUGGUAUCCGUUGCUCUUCUGCUCUUUUUGGCUCAUCCGCAUCCUCCCUUUUCUCUCUCUUGCCUCUCCUCUCGCCUGUGCCCACUUCCCGCUGCGCUUCCUGCUUCAUCCGCCCUCUCCCCCUGCCAUGUGCUCUCUCUCCCCCCGCUUCUCUUUCCUCCCCCCCCACCCCCCACCCUUCUCCCCUCCCCUCCGCCCUCCCUUCCCUCCCCGUUUUCCUCCCCACCCCUAUCAGGUCCGCAUAGAGCACUACCACUUGCAAGACCCCCUCUCCCCCUCCCCCGCUUCCCCCUCCGCCUCCCCUUCCCCCCCCUCCCCCUUCUCCCCCCCGCCCCCUCCUCCUCCGCCGCGCUCCCCCCGGCGCCCCUGACCAUCACCAUCACGGCGCAUGAGACUGCGCUGGCUGCCCUCGCGCUCUCCCCGGAUGGCACGCGCGUGGCCACUGCGAGUGUGCGCGGCACGCUCGUGCGCGUGUUCAGCACGGCCGAUGGUCCAUGCUGCAGGAGCUGCGGAGGGGCGCUGACAGAGCAGAGAUUUACAGCCUCGCCUUCUCCCCCAACGGGCACUUCCUUGCACUUUCCAGUGAUAAGGGCACCGCACAUCCCAGUUCCGCCAUCUCUUCUAGUUCCCCUUCCCCCCUCUCUUACCUCCCACGUGCCCUCUCUCUCCCCUCUUCCUCUCCUUCCGCGCUCACCAGGAGUACUCCCGCGCUACUUCAGCUCUGAGUGGUCCCUAGCCCAGUUCCGCCAUCUGCCAGACUGCCGCUCCCUCGUGGCCUUCGGUGCCCAGAGGAACACGCUGCUCGUCGCAUGCAUGGAUGGCAGCUUUCACCGACUCGAGUUUGACCCAGUGGGAGGGGGCGAGAUGAAGCGAGAAGAACACACCCGCUCUCACUGCCCCGCGCUCCGCGGUCCCCUUCACCUCUUCCGCCUCCCUCUUCCCCGCAAUGGCUGCGCGCAAGCCCCGCCAAGCCACGCUCGCGGCGUUCUUUUCCGCGCCCAAGCGAAUGCGCGCGAACGGGACGUCCCCGCCACGGGAAACAACCCCGCUCCGCCGUUUCCCCCCUCCCCUUCCGCGGACGCGAAUCCUGCGCGUGUCGCGGAGGAGAACGAGCGCGCCGCGCCAAGAAACUGCGCCGAGGCAACCCACCAGUCUGAGGAACCGGAGACGCCUGCCAGGAGUCAGAUACAACCUAACUGCGACAGCAACAACCUUCCCCGGAUAAACCCGGCCCAGUCUCCCCCGCCUAGGUCUCCGCGCGCCAAAUCUCCGCCUGGCUUCGCCCCCAGGAGCGUCACCCCCUCGGAGUCUCCCUCCCUGGGAGCCAGCGCAAGCGCAAGCGCGGGAAAUCGCAGCGGCGUCCCGCUCGCUCUGCCGACGCCGCCCGCGGAUGCUGCGACUGGCGCGCAUGCGGGGAAGUUCCCCCCGCUAAAAUCCCUGCUGCGCGAGCCGUCCUGGGCGGCAGCGCUUGGACGGGAGUUCGACGAGCCGUACAUGCGGCGUCUCCAGGCGUUUCUUGACGAGGAAGUUUCGCGGAAGGAGCGCGUGUUCCCCCCAGCAGCUUCAGUGUUCGAGGCGCUGAAUCGGUGCCCUAUGGAGAGAGCGAGGGUCGUGAUUAUAGGACAGGACCCUUACCACGGCCCGGGGCAGGCCGUGGGGCUGAGUUUCUCCGUGCCACGUGGCACGCCCCUGCCGUCCUCGCUGCAGAACGUGUUCAAGGAGAUGCGCAGUGACGGCAGCAUUGCUGCCAUGCCGGCCCACGGCUGCCUGCGCCACUGGGCCGACCAGGGCGUGCUUCUCCUCAACACAGUGUUGACAGGUGAGUGUGGGUGA